GUAGAGCUGCGGGUUGACACUCGGUGAGUCGGGUCCCCAGAGUUUGAAGCUCCUCUCAGCAUGGGACACACAGUCCGGCUUUACCGCUCAUAAACUCCCCGCAGUGCCCGUGUGAUGGACUCCUCUCCGAACAGCCUGGACGACGCGUCGGCGGACGGCAGCGCUGACUUCCCAGACCGAGCUUCCACGAUGGAGGUGCGUCUGCAGGCGCAGGAAGACGAGAUCACGCUGCUGAAGUCCUCGCUGGCUGACGCCCUGCGCAGGAUCCGCCUCCAUGACCAGCUCUUACCGUUACUGAAACAGCAGCUCAUUGCAGUGAAUCCAGGUGCUGCUCGAGUGCUGAGCCAGGUGUGCUCCUCUGAUGGUUGCAGAAGACUUUCCUCCAGCUCAGCAGUGGAUGGGGUCCACUCUGCUACCAGCCAGCCGUCAGACAGCAUUGUGACCAAUGGCCACUCGGGAAGCCCGGUGCCCAUGACGCCGAAGCCCAGACCAGCAACACUGGACAGGUCAACCCAGACGGAGCCCCCCCUCCCGGGGCCGGACGACGGGCCGGACCGGGUUCCUCUCCACAGGCGUGUCCAGAGCCUGCAGCUGGAGGAUGCCCUGCCUCCGGGGCAGCCAUUGGCUGAGGGGACUCGGGCCAAGCUCCACCGCGUCCCCGGCUUGGAAGAGGAGGAGGAGGAGGAAGAUGACGAGGGAGGGGAGCAGGAAAAGGAGCUGAGUUGGACGUCGUCGGUGGAGGAGCCCAUCCAGCCGACCACGAUCCGAAGCCUCCAGAGGGAGGACUUCCGGGACGGGAGCUGCUCCCCGGAGCUGCUGGGCUCGGCCUCGGUCAGAACCUCGGACUCCAACCUCAGCGCCCGCUCCGGCCCGCUGACCCGCAUCCAGGAAGGAGAGAAGAAACCGCUGGUCCGUCGUAACAGUGAGAAGCUGGGGAACCCGGAGCGGCAGAGGAAGCGUCUGGACAAGAAGGCGGCGUCCUCGGUCAACCUGCUCACCCGCUCGCCGAGCCUGGACAGCCGAGCUAAGGAGAUGAUCGCCGCUGCAGGAUCCCCUGGAUCUAGAAGAGGAACCUACAGCCAAGAACAGUCGAUCAAGAUGUUCAUCCGAGGCCGGCCGAUAACCAUGUACAUCCCCUCUAACAUCCAGAACUAUGAGGACCUGAAGAUGGAGCCGCCGCCCGAGAGGCUGGAGUUGGACUGGGUCUAUGGUUACCGGGGCCGCGACUGCCGGGCCAACCUGUACUUCCUCCCAUCGGGCGAGGCGCUGUUCUUCAUCGCCUGUGUGGUUGUGCUCUACCACAUCAACAACCGCACACAGCGCCACUACCACAAGCACACGGACUGCGUCCGCUGUCUGACGCUCCAUCCUGACAAGGUGCGCGUGGCGUCGGGCCAGACGGCCGGGGUGGAUAAAGACGGGAAGCCCAUGCAGCCGUGUGUUCAUAUCUGGGACUCCACCACCCUGGUCACCCUGCAGCAGAUCGGCCUGGGCUCCUUCCAGAGGGGGGUGGGCUCCGUGGCCUUCUCCUUCGCUGACUCCGGGGCGUUCCUGUGUGUGAUCGACGACUCCAACGAACACAUGCUGUCGGUGUGGGACUGCAACAAGGGCACCAAGCACGCAGAGGUCAAGAGCACCAACGAGGCGGUGUUCUCCGUGGAGUUUAACGCCAGCGACAGCAGCAACAUCAUCACGUGUGGUAAGUCCCACGUGUACUUCUGGACGCUCAGCGCGGGGCAGUUCACCAAGAAGCAAGGCAUCUUCGGGAAGUACAAGAAGCCCAAGUUCAUCCAGUGCUUCGUGUUCAGCCUGACGGGAGACGUCCUGACGGGCGACUCCGAGGGCAACAUCCUGACCUGGGGCAAGUCGCCCGCCGACGUCAAGACACUCGGCAAAGGAGCCAAAGAGACGUUCCAGAUCCAGAGGCUGACCCGCGCCCACGAGGGCAGCGUGUUCACGCUGUGCGGCCUGCAGGGCGGCGCUCUGCUCAGCGGAGGAGGGAAGGACCGCAAGAUCAUCCGCUGGAGCGCCGACCUGGCCCCCGAGAGAGAGUGUGAGAUUCCAGAGACCUACGGAGCGGUCCGUACCAUCGCAGACGUGGAUGGGGAGGAGCUCCUCGUUGGUACGACCCGUAACGCCAUCCUGCGAGGGACCUUCUCACACGGAUUCGUGGCCAUAGUGCAGGGCCAUGUGGAUGAGAUGUGGGGGCUGGCCACACACCCCUCCCAGAACAUCUUCCUCAGCUGCGGCCACGACAGGCAGGUGUGUCUGUGGAACACGGAGGAGCACAUGCUGGACUGGUGCAUCUCGCUGGAGGACUACGGGCUGUGUGCUGAUUUCUGCCCCAAUGGGUCAGUGGUGUCAGUGGGCCUCAGUACAGGAAGGUGGAUGGUCCUCGACCUGCAGACCAGAGAGGUGGUGUCUGAGUCCGUUGAUGGCAACGAGCAGCUGUCUGUCAUGAGAUACUCACCAGACGGGAGCUUCCUGGCUGUGGGGUCACAUGACAACUUCAUCUACAUCUACAGCGUGAGCGACAGCGGCCGGCGCUACACGCGCUUUGGGAAAUGUAACGGCCACUCCAGCUUCAUCACUCACCUGGACUGGGCCAAGGACGGGAACUACGUGAUGUCCAACUCAGGAGACUAUGAGAUCCUCUACUGGGACAUCGUGGCGGGCUGCAAACUGUUGAGGAAUCGCUUUGAGAGCAAAGACCGGGAGUGGGCGUCGUACACCUGUGUGCUGGGCUUCCACGUCAUGGGUGUGUGGCUGGAGGGCUCCGACGGCACGGACAUCAACGCCCUGUGUCGCUCCCACAGCGAGAGGCUGGUGGCCGUGGCCGACGACUUCUGUAAAGUGCACCUCUUCCAGUACCCCUGUCCCAAGCCCAAGGCGCCGAGCCACAAGUACGAGGGCCACGGCAGCCACGUCACCAACGUCUGCUUCACCCACAGCGACUCCCACCUCCUCUCCAUGGGCGGGAAGGACACCUGCAUCCUCCAGUGGAGGGUGAUCGCCCCCCCCACCCGCUCCCCGGAGCCCGCCGCCAGCUAGGAGGGACACGCUGUUGUUACGGGAGACGGGGUGGGGGCGGAGCCACUGCUGCGUCACGCAGAGCGUGUCGAGGAUCCUCUCUCAGU